UUGUAAUAACUCCCACUCUCUCUCCCAUUUUCUCUUUAAAACUCCCCAGAAACCAGAAAGCCAACCUGAAAAGCCGGGAACCAUCAACCAAUGCCAACCUCCUCCACCACAUCCUCCGUCGUCGACAUCACCGUUUCCUCCCCCUUUCUCCUCCGUCUCUUACGUGUCACCAGAUCCGCUUCCUCCGUUCCCUCCAUAAAACCACAAGCACUCUAAGACACAUCGCUCAAUUCUCGGUUUCUUCUCUUAAUAAUAAUUUUUCCACGUUUCUGAGUUUUGAAUUUUUUACCCAUCCAUGGACCAGAAACACCUGCUGAUAUCGGCGUUGAGCGUGGGGGUCGGGGUUGGGGUGGGGCUGGGGUUGGCUUCCGGCCAGACCGUUAGCCAGUGGGCGGCCAAGUCCUCCGCCCAUGGGGUAACUGCAGAGAAGAUUGAACAAGAAUUAUUACGCCAAGUUAUUGAUGGCAGAGAGACCAAGGUCACCUUCGAUGAUUUUCCUUACUAUCUGAGUGAGCAGACUCGGGCUUUGUUAACAAGUGCAGCCUAUGUUCAUUUGAAGCAUGCUGAUAUAUCUAAGUAUACCAGAAAUCUUUCCCCUGCAAGUCGAGCUAUCUUGCUUUCUGGUCCUGCAGAGCUUUACCAGCAAAUGCUAGCUAAAGCUUUAGCCCACUUUUUCGAAGCCAAGCUCCUACUCUUAGAUGUAACUGAUUUCUCUCUAAAGAUACAAAGCAAAUAUGGUACUGCCACCAAAGAAUUUUCUUUCAAGAGGUCCCCUUCAGAAUCAGCAUUGGAGCGAUUGUCUGGCCUACUUGGAUCUUUUUCACUUCUUUCACAGAGGGAGGAGCCCAAAGGCAAAUUAAGGAGGCAAGGCAGUGGUGUGGAUGUCACAUUAAGUGGAAUGGAGAGUUCUCGUAAUUCUCUCCCUUUACGCAAAAAUGCAUCUGCCUCUGCCAAUAUCAGUAAUCUGGCUUCUCAAUGCACUCCUGCAAAUCCAGCACCUCUGAAGCGCACAAGCAGCUGGUCUUUUGAUGAGAAGCUUCUUAUACAGUCUCUUUACAAGGUCCUGACUUGUGUCUCAAAGACCACACCGAUUGUGCUCUAUCUCAGGGACAUUGAUAAGCUAUUGUUUAGGUCACAAAGAAUAUAUAGUUUGUUUCAGAAAAUGUUGAACAAACUUUCAGGAUCUGUACUCAUCCUUGGGUCACGAAUCGUUGAUCUUAGUGAUCAGUAUAGAGAGUUAGAUGAUAGGCUUCUGGCCCUUUUCCCUUAUAACAUUGAGAUACGGCCACCAGAAGAUGAAAACCAUCGCGUCAGCUGGAAGUCUCAGCUGGAGCAGGACAUGAAGAUGAUCAAAGUUCAGGAUAAUAGAAAUCACAUUAUGGAGGUACUUUCUUCCAACGAUGUGGAUUGUGAUGAUCUGGACUCAAUCUGCAUUGGAGAUACAACGGCCCUCAGUAAUUACAUCGAAGAGAUCAUGGUAUCAGCAAUUUCUUACCAUUUAAUGAACAAUAAGGAUGUUGACUAUAGAAAUGGAAAACUCAUUAUAUCAUCCAAGAGUUUGUCCCAUGGAUUGAGCAUUUUCCAGGAAGGGAAAUCUGCUGGCAAAGACACAUUGAAGUUGGAAGCUCAAACAGAAACUGUUAAGGAAUCAGGAAGCGGAGAGCCAGCUGUUGUGAAGCCUGGAGCAAAAUCUGAAGGCACAAAUCAUGAAAAUAAAAGUGAAACAGAGAAAAUAACUGCAGCAAAGACGGAAGGAGAAAAUCCAGUUGUAGCCCCAAAACUUCCAGAAGUUUCCCCCGAUAAUGAAUUCGAAAAGCGGAUAAGGCCAGAGGUUAUACCAGCAAAUGAAAUAGGUGUAACUUUUGAAGAUAUUGGUGCCAUGGAAGAUAUCAAAGAAUCUCUUCAGGAGCUAGUGAUGCUUCCUCUUCGAAGACCUGACCUCUUCAAAGGGGGGCUUUUAAAGCCCUGCAGGGGAAUCUUGCUAUUUGGGCCUCCUGGAACUGGGAAGACGAUGUUGGCCAAGGCCAUUGCCAAGGAAGCUGGAGCAAGCUUCAUCAAUGUAUCCAUGUCCACCAUCACAUCUAAAUGGUUUGGUGAAGAUGAGAAGAAUGUCCGUGCUUUAUUCACCCUAGCCGCAAAGGUUUCUCCCACAAUUAUUUUUGUUGAUGAGGUGGACAGCAUGCUUGGGCAACGGACCCGGGUCGGGGAGCACGAAGCCAUGAGAAAGAUAAAGAACGAGUUCAUGACUCACUGGGAUGGCCUCAUGACAAAAGCAGGCGAGCGCAUCCUCGUUCUUGCUGCAACCAAUAGGCCAUUUGACCUCGAUGAAGCAAUUAUCAGGCGCUUUGAGCGCAGAAUUAUGGUGGGACUUCCAUCUGCAGAGAAUAGGGAAAUGAUUUUGAAAACUCUGCUGGCUAAAGAAAAAGCAGAAGGACUAGAUCUCAAGGAGCUUGCAACUAUGACAGAGGGUUAUAGUGGAAGUGACCUCAAGAACCUAUGUACAACCGCUGCAUAUCGACCAGUUAGGGAGCUGAUACAGCAGGAGAGACUAAAGGAUUUGGAGAAAAAGAAGAAAGCAGCAGAAGAGCACAAGUCAGGAGAUGCAUCAUGUACUAAAGAAGACGGUAAAGAGAAAAGGGUAAUUACUCUUAGGCCAUUAAACAUGGAGGAUUUCAGGCUAGCAAAGAAUCAGGUUGCAGCAAGUUUUGCAGCAGAAGGAUCUAUAAUGAGCGAGUUGAAGCAGUGGAAUGAUUUGUAUGGAGAAGGUGGUUCAAGGAAGAAGCAACAGUUGUCUUACUUCCUGUAAAUUAGGCUGGCGUCUAUAAUUUACGUAACAAGAAUGGAGAGAAAUGUCGGAUUCUGUAGGUUAGGAGAAGAACAGGAUCAGUAAUACCGGUGUGUUUCUUCACCUUAUAAUGUUAGCUAUUUUGUGUGCGUGUUUGUAUGUGUAUUGCAAGGAUCUUGCUAGUGAUGAUCAAGAACUGUCUGUACACGGAUUGUAGUGUGUUUCCACUUAAUGAGAAAUCGCUAUAAAUCAUUUGAGUUA